AUGCUGUCCAAAGUAAAGAAUUCACUCGUUCAUGUUUUGUCACAGGAUCCUCUCAGCGAUUAUAAGUUGUGUGACCGAAAGUAUCGCGGCGGUAAAAAUAAUUUGCUACGCAUUCAAGACGCGCUGGAAACUUCCACAGGUAAGCCUGUGUCUAUUGUGUCCGUUGAUGUAAAAGAAAUUGUGACGCGUUGUUCUACGGCGGCCGAAGUCCAAUACACCCUGAACGCAUUUAAGAAUGGGGUGUCUCUGCUCACCCGGCUGAGGCAUCCUGGUAUCCUGCAGGUCGUUCGUCCAAUUGUAGAGGAUAAAAAACAUCUACGGUUCGUGACUGAGCGCAUUUCUUCUUUGCUACCGCUUGAAUUAUCCAAUGGCACCCUUUCGAAGCAGGAGAAACUGCUUGAACUUUUUAAAUUGGCAAAAGUGAUACAGUUCAUUCAUGAACGUGCUGGAUACUUGCUCUGUGACUUUUCUCCUGAAGCUGUGUGUAUUGUUGAUGGGGAAUGGAAGGUAUUUGAUUUAUCCCAUGCCGUGGCGGGAACUGAAGCUGCUAGACUCAGUUGGCCGCAUCCACUCUCUAGUGUUGCAGCGCCGUUGCUGGAUUACUGCUCCAAUGAGCUUGUGAGAGCAAUAAAGCCUCAGGAAGAUGGUCCCAUCGAUUUAUUUGUCUCAAAUACACACGAUACGAUAGUUAAGCUACCAGAGAGCGAUGUGUUCUCGUUUGUCCUUGUUUGUGUCGAAGUGCUAUCGGGGCGCAAAGCCUUUAAUUGCGGUGGCAAUGCGGAGCUGCACAGUAGACAGUACAACAGUGUAGAGGCAGAGGUUUCCAGGUGGUUUUCGGGGUGCCCUUUAAAAAUGCCACGUCCCUCAUUGGCUUCAAUACGAAUGGACAGGAUGUUCACCACAGAGGACAUACAGGUUUUGACCUCCCUGGAAGACUAUGAUACACUGGAUGAGAAUUCACGUUUUGGAACCUUAAAAAAGUUGUAUGAUGGCCUUGGACAGUCGGCAUUUCAAGAAGCAAUGAUUUUGCGGCUAAUUAUCCCGUUAAUGCGGCGUGAAAGUUUACAAGAAGUCAGACUACGAUACGCUCUUCCCAUUAUGCUGCAAUGCUGUCGUUGUGUGUCGCAAAAAGCGUUUGACACUAGCAUGCGGGACUACUUCACCGCACUUUUCCGCGCGGUUAGUACAGCGGACACCUUUGAGCGGUGUGGUAUUGUUGCCGAGUUGAUACUCGAGAAGUUUGAUCUCUUGGAAAAAUACUUCGCUAACAUUUCUGAUCGAAACAACGUCAUUGUGCCGUUCCUCGGGCGUUGCGUGGAUCCAACGAUUGGAAAAAGCAAGAUUACGCAGCUAGCAGUAGAGCGUAUUGCGCAGUUGGCUGAAAAUGCUGAGGAUUUGCAGUUUCCCGACAGCUUGCCAGAGCGUCUGAUCGAUUUGAUACUAUCUGAUCCACAGAACGCGACCCCAGUGUUUGUCUGCUUGGAGCGGGUUGUGCGGUACGUGUCACUGGCAGCGCGGGAGCUGACAGAGGCUCGCCUCAUCCGUUACGCCUGCACUUUUUCCUUUGAGACAGGAAAUGCGAACGGCACGCUUGGACGAUCUCUGAGUCUCCUCGAGCGUUUAUACGAGAGCUUUUCCCGGGACCAUAAGGCUACGCAGAGUAUCCCGUUGUUGGCCCCGCUUCUUCUUAGCACAUCGGUGGAGGUGUCGUUAUUUGGCAGGCGGAUGAUUGAGAAGAUGGUGGUGGAAGUGACAGUACUAUCGAGUGCGGACGUGAUUGUUGAUGAUCGACCUUAUAUUUCUUCUUCGGUUGACCGGCGACCUGCUGUUCCCUUUGAGGCUGAGUUGACUUUUUUUGACGACGGUGCGAGUCACCCAAUCUUCUUCUGA